AAUAGAGGCUUCUCGGCGCGCUCGCAGAAGCAGUUAGCGUGUGUGUGCUUGAGAGAGAGAACUCUGUGACAGGAACCGACCGCUACACACAGCAGCCAUGUCUGAGAGGAAAGCCGUCAUCAAGAAUGCUGACAUGUCCGAGGAGAUGCAGCAGGACUCUGUGGAGGUCGCCACCCAAGCCCUGGAGAAAUAUAACAUUGAGAAGGACAUAGCCGCGUUUAUCAAAAAGGAAUUUGACAAGAAGUACAAUCCUACGUGGCACUGCAUUGUGGGCAGGAACUUCGGCAGCUAUGUAACACAUGAAACCAAACACUUUAUUUAUUUCUACCUGGGUCAAGUUGCAAUUCUCCUGUUUAAAUCUGGUUAGAUCAAUGCAAAGCAUCAAAUUGUAAUAUGGACUAUUCAAAGAAAUUUGGACUUAAGGGAACAACCCCUCUUCAUCCCCUGUACCUUAUUUGUGUUAUUGAGACUUGUGGCUGACUUGUCUUCAAACUAGUCAUAAAGCGAUUUUGGAAAGAACGGAAUUGUAUUUAUUUUCAAACUUAUCUUUUUCUAAGUACAUUAAAUGUUUCUGUUUUUUUAA